AUGCCUUACAAAGAAACCACCAACACCAACACCGCCAUCACAAACACCACCGCCACAACCAGUAGCAGAAGGAGCAGGAGCCACACCUCAAGUACCAGCCAGGCCAAUGCUAAUCCCUCUACCACAACCAAUGCCAAUCCCAAGCCAAAGCGGCGCCGCCGGGCUCCGCUACUCACGGCCAAAAAGCAACGAAAAAGGGCGGCUUCAAGCUCGCCCACUCCGGACGAAACUGAAGAGGAUGAAAUUCCUGUAACCAAGCUCAGAACAACUGCUGCUAGUGGAGGAUCCAGGCGUAACCGUGGUUCUUCCACAGCGGCUCCCAUGCCAGUUGCUGCAACGAACUCACCCGCUAUGCCACGUCCUCCGGCCAAGCGCAAAGCGGCCGCCAGUGGAGGUGGAGGAGCCACCAAGCGCAGCCGUGAAGCUUCCGUGGUCGCUCCCACAUCCCUGGCAAAGCCAAGCAUCUCUCCAGGCAAGAAGACCGCACCCAAGCGCAAGACAGCGGCAGCAGGAAAGGGGCCAGUCGCGAAACGUGGUCGUGGGGCGACAGCUACUCCCCCUCGGGCAUCGCCGCCAAUGACACGUCAGCGCGCCCGUCAGAAGAUCUCCGCCAGCAACUAA